AUGACAGAAACAAAGUUCCACAAGCCUCCAACAAGUCAGACGGCUUCCCAACCCAAUGGCAGUCCAACCCCCUCAUUGGAUGCCAGAGAGGUCAAGCAAGUCAACACUGGCCAAUGUGAUCCCUGGGCUGAUCAUCAACCUAAUGCGCCUAUACCCGGAUGUGUCGCACCCUUGUCCCCCGGACAUGACAUGGGCUCUCCACGUUUAUCUCUAGAAGACACAGAAGAUGGGGAUGCCGUUGAUGAUAUCCAACCGUGGGAAAAAGAGCUUGCAGCGGGCGAGUGGUUUCGGACCCUGGUACUGGAGCUCACGACAUACACGUUUGAAAAGUUCAGGAUUUGGAAGGAAAGGUUGGAACGCAUCUCACCAAUAAAGGAUGAAAUCAGUUUCUCAGAACGCUUCGGACCUUCAUUUGUACAACCAGCGACGCACACACAGACAGGUGAUGAGUAUGACCUCAUCAGAGAGGGAUUGGUGUCGUCAUCCUGUCCAAGUUCCUCGGCAGUAUUUUUAUAUCUCGCUUGUCCCUUUUAUGUUUAUGAUCAUGAACAAUGUCGAGAGUGUCUGCUUACAGGCGAUCUUCGAAAUAUCGAGGAUCUGGUCGAGCAUUUGUUCCAGUGUCAUUCACGCCUAUUAUACUGCCCGCACUGUUACGAGACUUUUGAAAGUCAAAUCAGCCGCGAUGAUCACGUUUUGGAGGAAAAGUGCCAGAAGCGCGUUCCGAGCCAGAUAUUUGGGCUAUCAGAGAGUCAGAAGGUGAAGUUGUUUGAUGUUGACAUAGAAUCUCAAUGUAUCGAUCAACAGGCACUUUGGUUUCGAAUUUGGUCUAUUGUAUUUCCCGAUACAAUGGAGCCUCAGUCAUGGCUUCUAGAUCGAGACCCCGGGUUGAGCAUCUCCAUGAUGCGUGACUUCUGGAACUCUAAUGGACUUAAAUAUAUUGCACAGUUUCUGGAAGAUCGGAGAAUAUCACAAGAGAAUUCCACAAAGCUUACCGAUAUGCUGUACCAAAGGGUUCUGAAGGACCUAUUGACUGGCGUCAUGAACGAGCGGACAUGUUCCUGGACUGCGCUUGCUCCGGGGUGA